AUGCCGAUUGCUGCCCGGGUGGGUGUCGGCAGCGAUGGUUACCGGGGACUGACAAGAGUGGUCUUUGAGAUUACUCUUGGGUCUGUGGAGACACCUCGCAUCGAGAGCUGGGGCAAAUUUUGCAGGGCACAGUGUGCUCCAGCCGGUGAUGUCAAGCAAGAGAGCAAGGGAGCUGCAAGGGAGAGAACUGCCGUGACUCCUGCUGUGAGGCCACAUGGAUCAGUGCCUGAAUACCUGCUGGCCCCCCGCAGCAGGAACCUGGAGACAGCUGCCAUUGAGUUCACUGCUAGAACGUGUGGUCGUGACUGUGGCUCCCUGGGGCCAGCGCGUUGCAGGCAGAGCUCUGUCGGGCCCUGUGAGGAGAAAGUGUGCUCAGAUCUGCUCUCUGAAAGCUUGACUGUCCUCCACCACCUCCGGAGCAGCAGUGCGCUCACAGCCCCGGCACUGGCAGCCGUGCGGUUCUGGGCUAGGGCUGGAUGCAGAGCUGCAGGCUGUCGCCCUGCAGGUGCUGCUCCCCAGGGGUGCUGUGAGAUGCAGGCUGUGGCCACUGCUGCCUGUCCUUCCCCAGCUGUGGGCUGGCCGCGGUGUGCUCAGCAGGAUGUUAAGGUGGCAAUGCUGUCACUGCUGCUGGUUGUCACAGGGAAUGGUGAACACAUGUGCUGCUUCUUGUGUUGUCCUUUCUUGGGCAUUGGGACGCCUGCAGAUGCAUGCCCUCUGAUACCCAGCUGGACUUGCCCUGUGCUGAAGUAACUCCCCCAGUCUGCAGCAAGAGCACACAAUUCCUUUGACUGCCUGUACCAGCCUGAAAUCACAUCUUAAUACCAUCUUCUUUCCA